GUCAACAAUCAUCACAGGUACAGAAGGUUCACAUUCAACAAACUUUACAUUGGGCGUCAUGUUGUUGAUAACUUUGUUCGCGAUCUGUGUCUCCAUGGCACUUGCGGAAGACCACUGCAGAGACGUGAAGGGAUCGAUGUGGAGAUCGGACCCAGGCGAUUGUUCCAGAUUUUAUGUCUGCUUUCACGGGAUGGAAUUUAAGUACAAUUGCCCGACAAACACAGUCACUGAUGUCGUCAGCCGAGCAUGUGUCCCCAAGGGAUCCCGACUGGACACAUGUAAAAAAGAAGGGAAACCUGACACUAGUCAAGGAAAACCGGAUCUUGACCAAGGAAAGCCAAAUAGUGAAGAAGUGAGCCCAACUGUUGACCAAGGCAAGACGGAUACUGACCAGGCGAAACCAAAACCUGUCCAAGUCACACCGAAUACUGACCAGGGGAAACCCGACACUACCCAAGGAAAACCGGAUGUUGACCUGGGAAAGCCGGUGCUCGGUGGACUGACCGUGAUACAAACACAGACAGUGUGUCAGUCGACUCCCAAGGAAAGACUGCCCCACUCCAACUGUGGCAAGUACGUAGACUGUCACUCUGGUGUCCCACUGGUCCACGAGUGUCCGUACCCGCAACUGUAUAACAUCUAUACUGAGCAGUGUCAGCACCAUGACCUUGUGCAAUGUCAGACCCGGAAGGAGCCUAAGUCACCAUGUGACUAUGACGCCUACCAGUGUGGUUUGUCCUCGCAUUGCAUGCCGUGUGAGUUACGUUUUCCCAGCUGUGAUGGGGCGGGGGACGGCCCCAACCCCUGGACAGGCCGGGAGUGGACCCCCUACUUCAUCACGUGUUACAAGGAACGUCUUACCUUCCAGUCCAAGUGUUCACUUGCCGCCUCCAGUGCAGCGAGCUAUGUGUUCGAUCCCGUCAAGAAACGAUGCGUAGAUGCCAAGAAAGUUGACAUGACAAAUGUCUAAAUUCUAUGAUGAAAGAUUGAAAUGAUUUUGUUAUUUGUUGAUUUGAUAUGAGAUUUUGAAUUUAUGUUCCUUUCUGAAUGGUACAGCAUUGUUUUAUAAUAAAGAAACAUU